GGUACAAAAUCAUUGCGAACAUCGAGCGCAGUUUCUUUGAUUAAAAAAACGAUACGAGAAACAAACGAGCUUCCUCUGUGAACUUCCACCAAAGUCUCUCUAUUAAAGGCGGAAAUAUGAUCAUGCCCGAGUGAAGGCUGCUAUGGCGCUAAGGAGAAAUUCUUCACACUCAGUCUCGCUCCACUCCAGCUGUUAUGAAUCCCAACACCUCCUCGGCUGGCUGUGAGGACCAGUCCCCUGCAGAUGACCACAUGGAUGAUUGGCUCUUCCUCUCCUCUGACUCUGCUGUGCCUCAGGGCCUUGAAGUGAGCAGGGAGGACACAGAGACACAGGACAGAGGCAAAAUUAAAACCAAGUUGGUCUCAGCAUGGAACAGUGUCAAAUAUGGCUGGUCCUUGAAGCAGAAAUCCCACUUCACCAAGAGCUCUCCUGUCAUCAUGCUCGGAAAUUCCUAUGAGUUCAAGGAUCAAGGGCAGAGAGAGAGUUUCCGUCGCUCCUUUGCAUCUCUCAUGUGGUUGACGUACAGACGGGGUUUCCCUCCGCUGGGAAGCUGCUCUCUAACCACCGACAGCGGCUGGGGUUGUGUUCUACGCACAGGGCAGAUGCUGCUGGCGCAAGGUCUGCUCCUACAUCUGAUGCCACAAGGUUGGACUUGGUCUGCGAGCCACCAUGUGGUCAAAGAUGACAUGGAUCUGCCAGAGGUUCGCCCCACGGCUGGUGCAGAGGAUGGCCGCAACCUAAAAGAAGGGCCUCGUAAGAUGAGUCGAAAACUGAGCUUAGGUUCCCUCCUGGACAGGCGGAUGGAGUCCACACACAGAAGGGUGGUGUCAUGGUUUGCAGACCACCCCACAGCCCCUUUUGGGAUACAUCAGCUGGUGGAAUUCGGCAAAAGCUCAGGGAAGAAGGCUGGGGACUGGUACGGCCCUUCAAUUGUGGCACACAUCCUACGGAAAGCUGUGGCAGCAUCAGUGGACAUCCCAGAUGUGGCUGUGUAUGUAGCACAAGAUUGUACCAUCUACAAAGAGGAUGUGAAGAGGUUGUGUGAGCAGACUCUCUCAGGGAGCUCUCCUGCAACCAGUCAGCCCUGGAAGUCCAUCAUCCUCCUGGUUCCUGUGCGACUUGGAGGACAAGAUCUCAAUCCUGCCUACAUCACUUGUGUCAAAAAACUCUUGAAGUUACAAUGCUGUAUUGGCAUCAUUGGGGGAAAACCAAAGCACUCUUUGUUUUUCGUCGGCUUCCAAGAUGACCAUCUGUUAUACUUGGACCCGCACUACUGUCAGCCCACAGUGGAUAUAACAAAGGAGAACUUUCCCUUGGCGUCGUUUCAUUGUAAGUAUCCUAGGAAAAUGUCUUUCUCUCGCAUGGACCCCAGCUGCACCAUAGGAUUCUACGCUAAAGGCCAAAAGGACUUUGAAUCGCUGUGCAGCGUUGUUUAUGAGGCUGUCUCCGCAUCUGCAGAGACAUACCCAAUGUUUAUAUUUGCUGAAGGACGCAGUCAGGAGGAGGAGGGGAGCAAUACGGCCACCAACGAAUUUACCUACAUCCAGAGGAAGAACGAGCGGAAGAGAGUCGACACCAGCAACAGCUUGGAUGAGUUUGUUCUAUUAUGAUCAAAUCUGCCCUGAGGGUCACGCAGCAAUCAGUGAUCCACACGCAUACGACAGUCACACUGUGUGGCAACUACUGAGCAUAAGAACAAUGUCCUCAAGAAGUAAAAAUGAAGGGACUCCUUGUCACAUGAAGUGGUUAUGUAUCUUUACACCAAUGACACUACUCAUCAUUUUACUGCUGUUUACUGCAAACUUGUAUUUUUAUUUAUUAUUUUAGAGGAGAAUGUAUAAAUUAAUAUUAUUCAGUUGAAGAACAAAUCCAGGAUGUCAUGUUCUGCUUAUUAUAGUUUGUGAGUCAAAAUAGAAGAAUAAAAAAUGUUCCUACAGGCAAACUAUUAGUGUUACAACGAAAUACACAGUCUGUCUCUGUUUGACGUCAUGUGACAGGAUGUGCUUUCUUUGAAAAUUGGAUUCUAAACAUGAACGUGACACACAUGAGAAAGAACAGGGCAUCAGUGGAGAAGUAGCUUGUUAAGUGUAGUCAUGUUAUAAACGUACUCUUGAAGGAGAAAGAUACAAUUCACUGAAAACAUUACUCUGAGCUGGAUCAAUUCUGCUGUCUUUUAUCUAAAUAAACUAUUUAAG